AUGGCAGAGCCCAUCAGGAGAAAUGAUGAAGUUUUGAGGAUUGUAAUGGUGGGGAAGAUCGGCAGUGGGAAGAGCGCCACAGGAAACACCAUUCUGGGACGAGACUUCUUUCAAUCUAAGUUCAGUUUGAACUUGAUAACUUUUCACUGUUCUAAAGCUGAAGCUGUGGUGGAUGGGCAGAAGGUUGCAGUCAUUGACGCCCCAGGCCUCUUUGACACCACCUUCGGCAUGGAUAAAGCAGCUAAAGAUUUUUCCCAGUGCAUCGGUUAUGCUUCUCCUGGACCUCACAUCUUUCUGGUGGUCAUCAGGUUGGGCAGAUACACUGAAGAGGAAAUGCUGACGGUUCAGAAAAUUCAAGAAGCCUUUGGCCAGGCAGCAGACAAAUACAGCAUGGUUCUCUUUACUGGUGGGGAUCUUCUUGAGAACAGGUCUAUAGAGGAGUUCUUGGGGGAAAACUUAGAGCUGCAGGAACUCGUGGCCAGAUGUAAUGGCCAGUACCACGUCUUCAAUAACAAGAAGAAGGACCGAGCUCAGGUCACCGAGUUGCUCAUGAAGAUCAGAUGUAUAGUUCAGAAGAAUGGAGGAAGCCACUAUACCAAUGAGAUGUUCCAAGAGGCUGAGAGAAAAAUCGAGGAGGAGAAACAACGAGUCCUGAAAGAGAAAGAGGAGCAAAUACGCAGAGAAAGAGAAGAACUGGAGAAGGAAAUCCAGGAGAAAUAUGAGAAAGAGAUGGAGAAAAUCACUGAACAACUCCAGAAUGAGAGAGAGAAGGAGCGGAAAGAGAGAGAGGAGGAGAGUGCAGAGAGGCAAAGGCAGCUUCAAGACAUGUUGAAAACAAUACAGGAACAGCAUCAAAGAGAUGCUGAAGACGCCCAACGAAAACUAUGGGAAGCCCAACAACACAGUGCCAGAUCCCAGCGGCUUUACCCUUCAAGUCCCGUCUCCACCAGUGAGUCCGAGCUCACAGGGACUUAG